UGGGAAAGAAGAUGGCCAAGGUGGCUGUGAUUGUGAUUACAAAUAUUUGCAUUUUGGCUGAAUUUAUCUGGAAAUACUUCUUAUAAGUGUAUCAAAAACAUUGGAGCGUGAUGGCAACAACAGCAUACAAAAGAUCCUCAUCGGAAAUUUACCAAACUAUUCAGGAAAUCUCAAGGAAUCGCAACCAGAAGAGGCUGAGAUUGAUUGUGAAGAAACCUGCAAUUUCCACAUCUAUUACUAUCUUCACUGGAUUGCUCGAAAGUGCCAGCAGCAGCAACGAUGCCUUGCAGAUUCUCAUCAAAAUUUCUGAUGCUCUGCAAUUUGAGGAGCCGGAGAUGACUGAGGCUGUCCGGAAGCUCUCUGAGCACUACAAAAGGGAGCAGGAGAGUGCAGUGAGAGUGAAGAUUUUGGCGCUGUUUGGGGAUUUUGCUGCAGAAACGUGCUACGACGGGACGUUGCUUGCUGAUGAAGUUCUUGGUCUGCUGAAGAGUGAAACCUCACCGAAAGUGAUCUGUCAGGGACUUCACAGUCUUCAUAAGAUUGGAGUCAGUCAAUCCCUGCCGCCGAUUCAUGUGACAAAGGUCGUCCUUGCCGCCAGGAAUAGCCUGACUUCGCAGAGUCACAAUGUCCAGAGGCAUGCUCUUCUGCUCCUGGGAGCUUUUGUGUCCGUUGAGGAUAAUUCAGUUGAUGAAGAAGUUGAAUUGAUUGGGAGGUACACAGACUCCCAGGAUUCUCGGGUUAGAGCCCAGGCAUUCCGAUCAAUUCUGACCUUGGGAAGUCGUGGAGUUGAUCUCACGCCAAAGCUCUAUUCCCGGGCCACGGAUGCGCUCAAGGAUGAUUAUGAGUGUGUCCGGAAGGAGGCUCUGCAACUGGUUUAUGAGCUUGGCAUUCGUCAUCCGGAACAUAUGAUCCUCGUCCCGGACUCGGACAUGGAAAUGCGUCUGGUGGAUGCGGCUUUUGGGAACGUCUGUUCAGCCAUGUGCGAUCUCUCAAUGCAGGUGAGGACUCAAGCUGCUGAGCUUCUGGGUGGAAUGACGGCUGUUGGGAGUGAAUUUCUCAAUCAGACACUGGACAAGAAGCUAAUGAGUAAUUUGAGGCGGAAGAAGAGUCUGCAUGAGAGGAAUCUGGAGAAUUUUACGAGUGGGGAAUGGUCAUCGGGGAAAAAAUGGGCUGAUGAUGCUCCCAAGGAAUUCCUCAAUGCAGCUUCGAUUUCAUUGAUUGCAACUGGAGCCUGUGGGGCUCUGGUUCAUGGGUUGGAAGAUGAGUUUCUUGAGGUUAGAACAGCGUCGGUUGAUUCCAUGUGUCGUUUGGCUUUGAUUCAUCCUCCCUUUGCCAGUACUUCCCUGGAUUUCUUGGUUGAUAUGUUCAAUGAUGAAAUUGAGAGUGUUAGGCUCAAGGCAAUUUACAGCUUGACGAAAAUCAGUAAGCAUAUUACGCUGAGGGAGGAUCAACUGGAGACGAUGCUGAGUAGUUUGGAAGAUUAUUCCGUGGAAGUCCGGGAAGGGCUUCAUUUGAUGCUGGGAGCUUGCAAAGUGUCCACUCAGGCUUGUUUGAAGUUGGUGGUGCAGAAGGUUCUUGAUGUCCUUUCGAAGUAUCCGCAGGAUAAGGAGUCGGCUUUUGGGUGUUUGCAGAGAGUUGGUCAGAAGCAUCCUGAUCUCUGUAUGGCUCUGACGCCGCAACUUCUGCAGGAUCAUCCGUUUUUUGACAGUGCAGAACGGGAUGUUGAGGAUCCUGCUUAUGUCUGUAUCCUGGUUAUGUUGUUCAAUGCUGCACAGCAUCGUCCUCCUAUGCUUUCGCUCUUUCCGGAAACCACAAUUCGGCAUUAUGGGUAUUUGAGGGAUACAAUGCCCAAUUUCGUGCCGCAUCUUAUGCUGAGGACUGUGGUUGAUCAGACGCAGAUUACAGGAGCUACGGGGUCUAAGCAAUUCCUCGAGACUCUCCUGAACAACAUUGAUGCUGCGUAUUCGGCCCCAAGGGCACGUCAGGCUCUCCUGGAAGCUGCUCAGACAAAUCUCGAUCGUCUGGCUGAAAUUGAUCCGGCACUUUCGGGCACGGCUAAUUUUACGGCAAUGUUCCUGGGAGCACAGCUCCUUAUCCAUCAGCUUCAGAGCUGCAUUGCCCCGAAGCAGAAUAAGACACCAUCCCGGGAAUCGUUGAAUCUUCUAAUGAGGAAGUGUCUGAAACUGCAAAAUCUCUUCUCAAACCUCACAAAAGAUGAUUGGCUCCUCGUGAAACAGAUCAGUUUGAGAGCGAGUGCUCUGCAUCUCGUGAUUGUCGUUAAGGAUCGUUCACAAUCCGCUCUGGCUCCUUGUCAGCUCCUUCUGCACAUCGCUGCGGACAUCAGCGUCUUUCUCCAGGAUAAUCCUGAGAUUGCGGCAGAUAAGUUUUCCACCUCAAUUCUCCAAGCUCUGGCGGCUAUUAGUGACCCAAAACCCGGAAGAGUAUUCUGGGAAAUCCUCCCAAUUGUCCAAUCGGCAACUCCAGUGGUCACUCCCAGGGUCAAUGUGGACAUUAGAAUGUGCACAGCCAGAAUCCUGGAACCGUGCUUCGCGGCAUCUCUUGAGAAUCAAGUUAAAGUCACCGCGGGCUUAAUUGCAGCAGUUCCUCUUGUCGCGGACAUCGAGAACCUCCAGGAAUUCCAACGACAAGAUCUCCGGAUUCGAGUAAAAUACCCAGAUCAAAAUAUUCAUACAGUUGUACCGAGACUCCGGGAUGUCAAGAGAAUCCUCACGGAAUCAGGAGAAGAAGUCAACAAUUGGAGACUGAGGACAACAAUCCUCCUUAGCCAUGGAGUAUGGACGGAAGCAACUCAUGUGGAAAUCUUCGUAUGUCUCUCAGUUCGUCCGGGAACUGAACUGGAACUCUGCAAAUCUGUCAAAAUUAUGUUUGCCCCAAAACCAGUAAAGAGGGGCAUCUAAAGGCGUCUACAUCUACACAUUGGGAGCAAUUUUCGUCAAAAAUUGCGUUUUUGACAGAAAUUUGACGUUUCUGCCUACAGCACUGCAGCCAAUUUCCUUCAAAAAGCAAUUUUUGACAGAAUUUUAACGUUUCUGCCUACAGCACUGCAGCCAAUUUCCUUCAAAAAAGCAAUUUUUGACAGAAUUUUAACGUUUCUGCCUACAGCACUGCAGCCAAUUUCCUUCAAAAAAGCAAUUUUUGACAGAAUUUUAACGUUUCUGCCUAAAACACUGCAGCCAAUUUCCUUCAAAAAAGCAAUUUUUGACGAAAAUUGUGCUCAAUGUGUAGAGACACCUUAAGACAAAAAAGAAAACCAGGAAUGUUCAAUGCAUUUGGGGGAACUUUUUAUUUCGUUCAAUAAAUCAUUUCAAUAAAAAAAAAUUCGAGUAAAAAAAUGCUUAACACAAAAGUUUCAACUUUACAAAAAAAUAAAACACUAUUAAUACACAAAUGAUAUAUAAAAUAUAUUGGCAACUUUUUCCGAUAAAUAAAUUAAUAACAUUUAAUAAUUAUACGUUUUUUUUUCUUAUUUAAAAGAUUUUAUGACAGGUUUUUCUCUUGUUUAAUUUUGUGAAAACAUCAAUAAAUUAUAUUUGUAAAAUCAUUCGAAAUAUUUGAAAAAAUAUAUACUUUGGAGUAUUAUUUAGAAA